AUGAUACGAUUUCCGCGACCGACAGGUGGUAACCUGGGGAGGACCAAGAAUAUUAUCCAUUUCGUCCAGGGCUUCAUCAUCUUCCUGGCAUGGGCGAUGACGAUCGGUAUCUGGACGAAGGGCGAUGGCAUCGACGGCCGGACCGUCUGGUACUGGGUCCUGUGCUGGAUCAGUGUCCCCGCGCUUGUUUACCUGGCCGCCGUGCCCAUGUGGCCCCGAACCCGCCGUUUCGGAAACGUCUACGCCUUCGCUACAGUCGACAUCCUCUAUGCUGUUUUCUGGUUCAGUGCUUGGGUGUGUCUCGCCUCCUAUGUGGCUCAAGGCAAGAGCAUCGGCAAGUCAAGUAGCAGCAGCUCGGACAGCUCUAGUAGCUCCAGUAGCUCCAGCAGCUCAGAUUCAUCCAGCAAGAUCCGCCGCGCGAGCGAUUCCGAUAGCAGCAGCAAGAAGGGCUGCGCCAACUGGGCCUAUGGCAGCGAGACCAAGUGCAACCUGAGCACCGCCACCACCAUCAUCGGUGUUGUGAUAUUCUUGCUCUUCGCCGUCACCGCUUGGAUGUCUUUCCAAAAUGUGAUGCACUUCCGUCGCACCGGUACUCUUCCUGACGCCGUCUCCGAUCCAACCUUCGCCGCCCAGUCCAAGGCCGCCUUCUCCUCCAACCCGGCCCAUGACUUUGAGGAAGAUGAGGAGGACUUCCGCUCCAGCCGUGCCGGCAUGGGGGCCUCGUCUCGUAAUGACGGGGACGAGGACUACGCCUUGCUCCAGCAGAGCGAGGUGGAUGACAUCAGCAACGCUCACUCGCAGUCUGCUAUGCAUGGUGCUUACGACCCGACAGCAUCAACCCAAGGAAGCGUCCUCCACGACUAUAACAGCACUACUGGCUACGGGGGUGCGCACGGGCAACAUUACGGCGCCCCGUCCGAAUACGGCUCUUCGAUGAGCGGAUACGGGCGGUAG